AUGGGUGGUAGGCUUUCCAUGCCGAAGGCGGCCGAUGGCAUGAGCGAAACCUCCAAGCCAACGUCGGCCAAUGCGCGAGCGCGUCUUUCACGAGGCGGAGGCAUCAUCAAUGGCCGUACCGUCAUGGCACCCUUAGCGGCCCUUACCAUGGCUGGCCUUCUCUUCGUAUAUGCCCGGACGUCGAUACGCGCGGCGAAGCUCAACGCGAAGAAACAUCGAGAGGCAGACGGUGGGCAAAUCAGCUGGCACAAGGAGAGCAUGAGGCGACAUGGUCAGAUGGACAGGCUGGACGAUGAUAGAGGGACGUUCAGCGAAGCUCUUAUGGGAGACAUUCGUAAGAAGAAACAACAGAAGGUCGAGGAGAACCAGAAAGCGCCAGUAGAGAGGUCCGAGAACGACGCUGAACUGAGGAAGAUCAUGGGAAAGAAGGACUGA